AUGACGUUUGUUGAGUCGGUUGGAGAUGCUCUUAGCAUCUACCCAGUGACGUAUUGGACUCCGGCCAAGAGCCGGACCGGUUUUAUAGCACAACACUCGGGCCAACAGCGAUCAGAUCGGAGUGAGAAACAGGAGCUUCCCGCUCUUUUCGCCGUGUCUGCACUGCUCUUUCUGGACUGCCACCAUCUUCGACCAUGCACUUCCACGUUCUUUUCUUCGAUUUCAGAGAGGCUUUCUUCUACUCUAUUCUCUCUCUUCAGUGAUGGAGGGGCUGUGGUCAGUAGGCUCACUGCACGGCCAAGUGUUUCGUUUGCAAGUAUUUGUCUCUCCCUUGCCACUUCCAUGUAUUCAUUCAGCUUUGAAUCAUGGAUGGUAGUUGAGCACGAUAAGCUGGGGUACAGGCAGGAUACAUUGAAUGACGUGUUUUGGCUAAUGACCUUCUCGGAGUCUGCAUCUUUCAUCGGAAGCCAAGUGCUCGGAAAUUGGCUGGUUGGGAGGCAUGUUGUUUUUCCUUCCUCUGCAGCUCUGUUUCUGGCAAUAAUCAGUGUUAUUUAUAUCACUCAAGCUUGGAAAGAAGCUCCACGGACAGCAGAAUGGAAGGAUUAUAAGACAUCUUUCUACGUGCAUAUCUUUGGUGAUAAAAAGAUAUUGCUUUUGGCGUGGGCUCUAGCAUGUGUCCAGUCUUCCGUUGCGAUCUUAUGGAUUCUUUGGGCUCCGACUAUAGUGGUAUGUGCCAAAUGAAAUGCGGGGAGGAAUGAUAAGCCUUUCUGUAGCCCCUGCAAAUGCAGCAAUCCUGUUUUUCCUUGUGCAAGUAAGUGUGCUAAACCCGGAUCACUUGAGUUUAGAAAGCAUGAAAUGAGGAACCAAUCCAACAGUGCUUCACAUAAGUGGACGUGGGCCUUCCUUUGAUGGGCUAAGGAGGCUAUUAUCGAAACAUCGGAAAUUCAACAAUCAUAGCAGUUGCUGCCCUUUGUCUAUUCUCUGCAGCUGGGUGCAUGCAUCUGUUGAGGCAGUGGGGCAAGCAAAUCCAUCAGAAUUGGCUCAAAUUAUGAUCACAUAUCCCUCCACUGCUCAAAAAUUAUUUGCCCGCAGCAGGUGCAUUUUGUGUCAUCAAUCUCUUGUUGAUGGAGAAAAGGUGUGGAACGAAGAUAGAGAUGAGGAAAUUUUGUGCUUUCAUAUUCCAACUGAAGCGUGAAAGUAAACUAUCCUUUUUGAAGGUAAGGCAAAUGAAUAUAAAAUCAAGAUUCAGCUUCUAAAUAUGUCCACCGGACACUGUUGCAGCAUUCUAGAGAAGUGAAGAGCAGAUAAAUAGACGUGGUUGUAUUUGAUUUUCAACCCACCCUUGAGUUAUUUUUCUAGUUGCUCCAUAUUCCUUUCUAGAUGCACCCUGACUAACUGUAGAUGAGCUAGAGAGGGAGAAAGGUUCGUCAUGGUGAAUACUGAUCUUGUAAUUAUGCUACAGAACGCCUUCCCAUAGUCCGUUCUGUAGUUGGCCGAUAGUUAUGGUGGCGCAGUUGAGUCAACAUGUGAAGUUGCAUUAAUAGAGUCCUUUCCAUUCCAAUUCUCAGGCAAUCGAGCUCGAGUGGCCUAGGACACAGCUUGCCAAGGUAUGUUUUUAUAGGAGCAAUUUUUGUUGAAUUUGUUAAGAUAUUUGCAAGUGCCGAACAAUUUCCUAUUUUUUCGCACAUUUUCAUAUGAAUGGGCAGAUACUGCCUGAGGUAUAUAUAGAAAAAGGACUGUGUAUUUGACGAGAUUUUCAAGGAGGAACAGAUGUUACCUAGGUAUAUAAAAAAGGUGUACCAAAGUGUAUAUAGCUCCUGUCAUUGAGGUUAGGUUUAGGAAGGACUAGAUGUACGCACUCUUACUUUACAAGUUGAGAUUAUUUUCA